GCCUCUCAUCCCUGCAGCAAACUGCUAUAGAUGGUCACAACAACGCAAGCUUUCGCAAAACGUCUACCCAUCCUAAGCUCAAUGUGCGAAAAACUGUUUUCUCUUGAGCAAAGGCACUUGCUGGAGGCUAAUCUCUCAUCGUAAGACGCAUUACAAAGAAGCGUCAGACAGACUACAGUGCAGGUUUAGAAGAGAGAGCGUGCUGUCACUUGCAACCACCAGACCGUGCGCCUCUGCAUACCAGCCAAUCCUGCUUGACAACCACCUGCAAAAGCUCGAUCAUCAAGAAGGGCCAUUCGUUGCAACCAAGCUUCCCACUACAACAGCCGCCAUGGCUCCGCACUUCUCCUCCUGCCUCCUAGCCCUUUUCCUCUUCGCCCUAGUUGGGGAGCAGGUUCAGCUGUGCAGCGCCCAAGGCCCCAGUGCUUCUCCCACAACAAACACCAGCAGCCCAGCCCCUGCAGUGGCCCCUGCGACAGGACCCGCUACGAGCCCCACAUCGGGAUCUGGGCUCCCCAGCCAAUGCAGUGGCCCGUCGACUUCGUAUCUGCCCGCCAAUAGUUCCACCGUCAGAUGGGGCUAUUACGACCUUUUUCAAGACCCUGUGGCGUAUGUUCAGUCUGGUGACAUCAUCACCGUGGAGGUGAUCACGCACGAGGCGGGCAAUGACUGGGCCAAGAUGAUCCAGGGUGACCCCGGCGUGAGCGACAUCUACUACUGGGCGACAAACACGAGCAUUGCCGCCAAAAAUGUCCCCAAAUACCCGGGGUCUGGGUCUCACAUCGUCACUGGCCCCAUCUAUGUUUGCGGUGCCGAGGCGGGCGAUGUGCUCCAGGUGGAGAUCCUGUCGUUGAAGCCUAGGCCCAACCCCUUGACAGGGAAAACGUACGGGAUCAACAGGGCCUCCAACUUCGGGUAUCAGAUCCGCGCAGGUCACCGGGACGGAACCCCUUUCACGUCAUCAAUCAUCACCGUCUAUGACGUCGUCCAGGACAAGGAGGGCUUCUGGGGCAACCCUGUGUACCAGUUCGAGGUACCCAAGAUGCUGGACCCCAAUCGUGGAGGCAACACCGCUCUCCAGAACAUUCAGAAUGGAGUCGUUGUGCCGCACGCCGUCAACUACGGAGUCGACAACAACGCUGAGCUGAGCUUUCCGUACCCAGAUGGCUUUCAGACGACGUUGAACCAGAGCACGCCGAUCCGUUACCUCAACAACUCCCUCAACUACCGGGUCCCGCUGCGCCCGCAUCUGGGAAUCAUGGGCGUGAUGCCCGGCAACGGCCAGAACUACCUAAACGGCGCCCCCAACGGAACCAGGGGCGCGUCCACCGUUCCGCCCAGCCGGUUCGGCGGAAACAUUGACGACUGGCGCAUCGGCGCUGGCACGACCAUGUACUACACCGUCGAGACUCCUGGUGCGCGACUCGUGAUGGCCGACACCCACGCUGCCCAGGGCGACAGCGAGCUGGUGGGCACUGCGAUUGAGACGUCGUUUACGGUGACGGUGCGCGUGAGCACCAUCAAGAAGGCGGAGCUGCCGCCGGAGGUCGCGGGCCUCAACUUCCCGCUGCUCGAGACGCCCACCGAGUACAUCGUGCACGGGUACACGUACCAGAACUACCUGGACAACCUGCCGGUCCCGAGCACGGUGACCAACCUGGGCGUCGGCGACGAUCUGAACAGGGCCUUCCAGACCGCGUUCAACGAGUCGCGCAACUUUUUGAUGGACGUCUUCUCGCUGUCCGAGGAGGAGGCCCUGUCCGUCAUGAGCACGUCCGUCGACUACAGCGUCACGCAGGUGGUCGACUCCAACUGGGGCAUCCACGGCGCCAUCAAGAAGGAGGUCUUCUCUCAGUCCGUCGGCAACCGUAAGCUAUUGGAGUUCUACGCCGACGAGCAUGGCAUCACACGCUCGACGACGUCCUUCCCGGACACUGCUCGCCGCCAGGCUGCGCUCCGCGAGGCGGCCGCCGCAAAGUGGACCAUCGGAAAACUGCUCAAAAAGUUUUUUUAGGAAUUAUUAGACGUCUUGGUGCGUCCUUGGUGCAUCUAUUGGGGAGAAGUCAAAGGUGCACUGGCUGCUGCAUAAAUUAUUGGCUAGGUUGAGACCGGUGCCCAGCUCUUGCGGACGGUGUGAUCAUUGUAGGGAGAUUCUAGCUAGUUGGCAUGGCGUCACUGAGUCACUACGUCGGAUUCAUUUUUCCUGCUAAGUGGACUCAAUUCCUCGAGUCAAAGGGCUAGGGUAGAAGGUACUUAGGCAUAGGUACACGUUGAUUAAGUUACAGAGGCGGCGGCUGGCGCUUUGUAUACUUAUGAACAUCCCUGCUGCAACACAAUUCGAUGAAGU